AGGCUGCAGGCUGUGUAGGGGUGGGAACUGCCUGAGUGCAGCCGGCAGUCAGAUCGAAGGAGCACAGACAGCUAACAGCGGAUAAAGAGGUAGAAGGCAAAGACGACCACAGUUUUCUUAAGAGGCUGAAUCUGAGUCAUGUGUGCAUAUUUGGAUACGUCACACCCUCUUGCUGUAGUAGACAAAGAACAAACUACCUCCUUACCAUAAACUUCAUGGCUACAGGAUGCUUCUAGAGAACAGAUCAAUCAUUCUUUAGUCCCUUCCAGAGGGGAAAAAGUCCCCCACAAAACACUGAGAUGAAUUAGAACAGCACCAUUGCCUGGUUGUUGGAUUUCAUGUACUACAAUGAAGAUACUGAUUUUCACUGGACUGCUCUCUCUUACUUCUAGUCUUUUCACAACAGCUUCAGAAUUUUCACUGAAUGGCUCUGCAAUUAAGACUGUGUCUCUUAUCAAGACCUUCCGUGGAAUUUCAGCAAGAGACUACGAUUACAUCCCCCCAUAUGCUAUGGAAGAGGAGACAACGACCAUCCAUAUCGGACAAAACAAAUGCUCCUCAAAAAAGUCAAAUGACUCCACUUUAACAGAAGUGAACAACACCACGCUGGAAUACCUGAAGAGUUCUCUGAGCAUCAAGCUAAUACCUGCCGUCUACCUCACUGCUGUUUUGUUGGGUAUACCGUCUAAUGCCAUCAUUUUGUGGAUGCUGCUCUUCAGGAUCCGGUCUGUGUGCACCGCCAUCCUCUACACAAACCUGGCAGUUUCAGAUCUGCUCUUCUGCAUCAUGCUACCCUUCAAAAUAGCAUACCACAUCAAUGGGAACAACUGGAUUUUUGGGGAAAUGAUGUGUCGAACUACCACUGCAGUGUUUUACGGCAACAUGUACUGCUCCAUUCUACUGCUCAUGUGCAUCAGUGUUAGCCGCUACGUGGCCAUUGUUCACCCCUUCACCUACAAGAGCCUGCCAAAACGUACCUACGCCAUUGUGGUCUGCGCUACAGUGUGGACCAUUGUCUUCUUGUACAUGCUCCCACUUGGCAUAAUGCAGCAAAGCUAUUAUGUGAAACAACUGAACAUUUAUACCUGCCAUGAUGUGCACAAUGCCUGUGAAACAAUAUCUUCCUUCCAGUUCUACUACUAUGUUUCUUUAGCUAUCUUUGGGUGUUUAAUACCUCUUGCAACUAUCAUUUUCUGCUAUGUCUCAAUUAUACGAGCGCUCAAGACUCAUGAAUGGUUCUGGUACGUUAAAGUCAGUCUUUUGGUCCUUACCAUCUUUGUUAUUUGCUUUGUGCCAAGCAAUAUUAUCCUUAUUAUCCAUCACAUUAACUAUUACUAUUACAAUACAGAUGGGCUGUAUUCUUUUUAUCUAAUUGCUUUAUGCCUUAGCAGCUUGAACAGUUGCCUUGAUCCUUUCCUUUAUUUUCUGAUGUCAAAAAUCAGAAGUCAAUCCAAUAUUUAUCUAACAAUGGUUAAAAUAUCCAGGCAAAAAUGAUUUAGCGCUAUAUUUAUAUUUUUGGAAUUAUGAUUUUAUAUAGUAUUAACCAGGGAGCAACAAACCUCAGGCACAACAAUUAAACUUAAAAAAUUAAAAAGUGUUAAAAAACACAA